AUGGCAGAAGAGGGAGCCGCCCUCAAGGUCAUCAGGGACCUGAAAGCUGCCAUCUCUGCUGUCCUCCUGGGAUACAGGGGUGGCCAGCAGGCCGUGACAGAUGCCAGCGCUGAGCUGCACAGCCUCUGUGGCUGCCUGGAGUGGCUGCUGCAGUUUGACCAGAAAGAGCAGAAGAGUUUCCUAAAACCUCACAAGCACUACUGGGACUUCAUCUGCACUGCCCUGCGGCGGCAGCGGGGAGACACGGAGUCCACCCGCUUUGUUCACUCACUGGUCAAGCUGAAGACCCCGCUGGGAAGAGGCCGAGCCUUCAUCCGCUUCUGCCUUGCCCACGGGCAGCUGGCUGAGUCCCUGCAGCUCUGCCUCCUGGACCCCACAUUCACCAGGGAGUGGUAUGGCCCCCGGAGCCCUCUGGUGUGCCCCCAGCUCCAGGAGGACCUCCUGGCGUCCCUCUACGCGCUCAAUGAGGUGCCCUUCGACUUAGACCUGCAGCGUCCUGACCUGGAUGGGGCCUGGCCCAUGUUCUCAGAGUCCAGCUGCUGGUCCAGCCGGACACAGGGAAGAAGACCCCGAAAAAUCACAGCUUCUUCCCCCCAAAAGAUCCUAACCACGCACGAAGGCUCCAAAAGAGCCCAGCCGAAGGAGACACACGCCAGCCAAGUUGACUGUCUGCAAGAGGCACCCAAGGGGGAGAGUUGGACUGGACCCCCCAGGUCCCAGCAACUCAAGCAUCUUCCCUCCUUUUUGGAAAAGAAGAGAAAAGAUCCCAGGAGCCUCGUAUCUCCCCAGAACAUGUGGGAACCAACGUGGAAGGAGCUUCAGCAAGACCCAGAGAAGGAAGACCCACAAACAGAGAUCUUCGUGGAGAACUCAACAGCUAACAUCCAGGUUCAGGAUGGGACUCUGAAAGAGAUGCUAGGGGCUGAGGCUGAGGGCAGAGGGGGUCUUCCUGGGGCAGAAGGGCAGAGAACAAGAGAGAACACUCAUGAGAGGGAAGCAGAUCGGGGUCGUGUCCAGAGGCUGCUGGUCCCCGGUCUCAGAGGCACCAUGAAGGACACAAUGUCAGGAAGCAGGCCAGAGCAGGAGGUGUCUAGCAUUUCAGGGGAACACCAGGUCCUUCAGGGCCUACAAACAAAGGAAAGCUCUACCACAGAGAAGCCACAAGAACAAAAAGGAGAGACCAGUGUGGCCAGGAAGGGGGAACAGGAAGAGGUGGCCUUGCAGGAUGUGGUCAAGAGUCUCAGACUUGGGCUCCAGAAGGCCAGUGAACAGAGCCAGCACCAGGAGCAGCUGCUGAAGAAGCAGGAGAGGGAACUAAAAGCCCUGCAGGAGCAGCUCAGCAGGUGUCAGGAAGAGAGGGCCCAGCUGCAGGCAGAACUGGAGCAGAAGCAACAGGUGGCUGAGCGGAGAGACGCCAUGUAUGCGGAGGAGCUUGGAGGGCAGCAGGACCUGAUCCACGCUCUGAAGAGGCGGGUGCUGGAGCUGACUCAAGAGAAGGACCACCUGUGGCAGAAGGUCCGGCAUCUCUCAUCCGUGGCCCAUGGACGCUGUAUCUGCUGUAGCAAGAUCUUCGGCCGGCUGUCUCGGCGGUACCCCUGCCGUCUGUGCGGAGGCCUGGUGUGCCAUGCCUGCUCUGGGGGUUUCAAGAAGAGAGAGCACCUCUGCCCCACCUGCGCCCAGAAAGGGGACACUCAGGACAUCUGAGGACCUGCCCAGGGCAGGCUGCCCUUGCCACCCCAGACCAUCAGGCGUCUGGGCUUCUGGUCUGACCAGUCCUACUUUCUAGAAACUGGCCACCGAAAGUCAACAGCCCCAUGUGGACAGGCUGGUAUGAAGAAUGGAAAGAGCAGGGCUGACGGCCACAAGGCAAGUUCCAGACCGCCCCCAUGGCUCGUCAGCAGGCUGUGCCAGCAAAGGCCCCUCCCGGCUUUUUCUGCAGCACAAGGGAGUUGGCAUCAUCCUCUCUAAAAUCUCUCCAGUCUGACCUUGACCAAGAAUAAGACCCAGUGGCACAGGUGUGUCUCCCCCUGCAGCCCUGCCCACCACGCCUGGCCUUGGGGUCCUGAGAUGCCUCCUAUCUGGAAUCCACUUCAGGUAUCUGGCUUUAUUGUAUUUUGUUUUGAAUAGAUUUCUCCAGAUCUAUUACGAUGAAUAAGGAAUCCAUUGUACAAAGUGUAUGAUUUGAUGAGUUUUGACUUCACUGUAUACUCUUGAAACCAUCUGUGUAUUCAAAAGAAUAAGCAUCCGGGUCCUCCCUGGUGGU